GCUUUCCCGCACUUGUGAUUGGUGGAUGGCUGAGAGGUGUCCUGCGGCUGGUGUCUCGAUGACGACCUCGCACAAAUGUCAACCUGUAAAGGAACAUAUAAAUUUAAACCGCUGGUAUUUCAUCCAGUGAGGCCACGGGGUAACCUCAAAGAUGGUACACCCUUGCCAAUGCCAAGAAGUGGUCAUCGCAUUGUUUGUCAUGGACUCUCUUUCUAUUCAUUUGGUGGCUACAACCCCAAGAUAACUACAAAUGAAUAUUUAGAUGACACCUGGCAGAGAACUCACCCAUUAUUCCAGGAGUUAUGGCAAUUCAACACAGUCAACAGCACAUGGACAAGAAUUGAAGGUACAGGAGGAAUGCCUGAAGAAUUAGCCUCUCAUUCUGCUGUUCAGCUUGGACCCAACAUGCUCGUAUUUGGAGGAACUGCCAUGCCAUUUGGGGACUCUUCUUCAGAUUCACUGUACACGUGUCAUCUACCUACUGGAAAAUGGCAGAAGAUUUCCACAUAUGGAAGAAAGCCAGAACCUAUGUAUGGACAGGCAGUGUGUCUUAGUGAAGAUAAACUAUAUGUAGUUGGUGGGACCACUGGAUUUCAGUACAGCAUUGAUGUUCACUGCUUAGACCUAACCCAAGGAGUGUGGCAGCAGCUCUCCCCACUUGUUACACACCCUCAUGCUAGUCCUGAGGAAAGGUAUCGUCAUGAGAUAGUGGAGUAUGCAGGAGCACUGUAUGUAUUUGGUGGAGGGAGGUCGGAUGCUGCGUGUGAUCUGACUCAUCUGCCAACAUUUAUGCUACCUGAACGAACGUGGACAAGUACUCACACUCGACCAGAUGCUCAUACUGGGAAAUAUCCUCUUCCUAGAAGAUGUCAUGUAGCCAGUAAAGUUAGUAAUUAUGUUUACAUACAUGGCGGAUAUGAUGGUGUAGAAGCUUUUGCAGAUCUCUGGAGAUUGAAUUUGAUAACAUUUGAGUGGCAGAAGUUACCUUGCAAGUCACCUGUUCCGCUCUACUUUCAUUCGGCAGCUGUGACAGAGGAUGGAUGCAUGUACAUGUUUGGAGGAGUCAAGAACCUUGAGGAUAACAAACGAACAGCAAGAGUGACUAAAGUUUGGCUUAACGUAGGGAAACUCCGUGAUAUAUGCUGGGAGGCGCUCUGUCACUACACUCCGAAAUUACCCAGCCUACCACCAUCAACACUCCUUCAGAUGGGCAUCCCUCAGUACAUUGUGGAGAGUUUACAGCACCAGACUCCUGCUUAUGGAUAGGCUACACAUUAGAAGAUGAUGGUGUGGCUGAUACCUGUGUUAACAAACUUGAAGGACUCAAAAUAUUUAUUGGUAAACAGUAUACUGUACUGUACUUAUAAAGGGUGUACAGUGAAGGACAUGAGAUUACUGUUGUAUUGACUUGACUUAUUGAGUGAUCCAUCUUUUUGUGUUUGGUGUGGCUCCACUCUUUGUAUCAGGUGUUAUCACAUAUUGUUUUUAGUUGCAUCUUUGCCUUUCAUCAGUCUUUUUAUUUUGUAAGUAAGCUUAUUUUUUUUACAACCUUUGUGUAGUGUGCUUGAUACACUUUUACAUUUUGCAUCAUAAUACAUAUAUUGUACAAUUGCAGGGGUGGAUCCAGGAAUAUCAAAGGGGUGGGGGGGGGUGUCAAGAAGUUGUGGGUGGGGGGACAUGGCAAGCACAGUGAGCCCACCCAGCUGGGGUGUUUUGGGGGGUCGCUGUAAGCCCCCUCUGAAAUUUUUUUGAAAUCUGACUAAUAUCAUGGGCAUUUUGAGACCAUGUGCACUUGAUAUUAGGAGAUAUUCCAAGGUCAAUAGAAAUUACUUUUUACUAUACAAAAAAUGUCUGAGUACAAUACUGUACUGCAUUAAGAAAAAAUAUGGGAAUUUUCUGAUGAAAAGGAGGGUCCAGACCCCCCCCAGGACCCCCCUGGAUCUGUCCCUUUAUUGUUGGUAGCUGUAGAUUGAAUUAUCCUCAUUUAUUUGGAAAAUUCUAUACUCAUUAUGAAGAAAUAAUUUUGAAGGUGUUUGCUAACCAACUGAAUACAAGAAAUUACAGUAUGAUUGAUUUGACUAAAUUAAAAGUUCAUUGUGAUUCUGUUUAAACCUAAUUUCUAGAAAUUUUUUGUUCACUAAUACUUUGUGGACAAAUUUUGAGUUUAAGUGACCGUAGCCUUAUAAAGUUUAGGUAUAGAGCCACAACUUUCGGAAGUAUUUCGUAUGAAUCCACUGAAUGAAAAUAAAACUCUUUUUUCCCUUUCUGGUUUAUUUUUGUAUUUUGAGUAUGUUCCCAAAAUGGGAACGUUGGACACUUCCGGAGUACAUUCAUGAUAUUAUCAUAUAUAUAUAUAUAUAUAUAUAUAUAUAUAUAUAUAUAUAUAUAUAUAUAUAUAUAUAUAUAUAUAUAUAUAUAUAUAUAUAUAUAUAUAUAUAUAUAUAUAAUCAGUAUUAUCAAAAUAAGCAAUUACACUCAAAUUCUGAAAAGUAGUUUGACAAUCAUUUCUUAUGGAAGUUGAUACUGCACGCCUUGUGAAGUCUUUUCUCGCACUUGAUGCACUUCAGACGUGUGUUUUUCUUGCAUACAUAGCAUCUACCUUGUGAAAACUCCUGAAGAAAGUGGUUUACAUUAUCAUAUCUUAUUGCUUUUGGUACAGAGGAUGUUGGACCACCUUCUCGUUUUCUUGGUGUUUCGAUUCUUGCAAGUGUGCGAGCUAUUUCACGCCUGAAAUCCUUAUGGCUGAUCUGAGAGCCAGGAUUUACAUGCUGGUAGAAUCUGAAACUAGCUACAAUGGAGAGGUUCAGUAGAUGAGACCAAAUAUUCCACCACCAUUUCUUGGAGCGUAGUCUUGGCCUGUAGGUUGACAGCAUCUGGUCACAAACAUCUACACCACCCAUUCCUUUGUUAUACAUUUUUAUCAUAUGUGGCUGGUUUAUUGCCUUCCUUCCUUCAUUUUUUACCCAUCUGUUUACUUUUUGCAUAGGACUGACUCCAUAGUAGUUGCUAGCUACUGUAACAAUGCUGUUAUCAUUCCAUCUAGAACAUAGGACGGAAUCAUCCGAUCUGUAGUCGUAUGAACCUCUUUCUUUUUUUUCAAGUUCUUUCUUUGAUAGAAGAGGGCACUUUCCUGUGCAGUUAUCUCUGAUUGUUCCACAGGCUCUAAACCCAUUGCUUGUAAGGUCAAUCAUCAAUGCGUGACUAGUGAAAAAGUUGUCGAAAAAUACAACAUGUUCAUCUUUAUUCACCACUGGCUGUAGCAUGUCCAUGACAACUUGAUAGCCUAAAAGCUCCUUCUUGCUUUUAUCUUUUCCACAAUAAAUAGAAAAAUUAUAAGGAUAACCGUCAGCACUGCACAUCAUCCACAUCUUGUAACCAAACCUAACAGGUUUGUUUCUGAUGAACUGUUUGGCGCUGUUUUGUCCGAGGUACGGGAUCAUUGAUUCGUGAUUCGUCAAUGCUGAGAAAUUCAUGAAAAAUUCCAUGUUUUUGACAAUUAUUUCUCAGCAUGUGAAGGAGGGGCAGAAUCUUGGCCACCUUUGAAUUUUCCAAAUUGUUAUUAUCAGCCACAUGAAAGUACCUCUUGAUGGAUUUGAACCUUUCUCUGCACAUAGUCUUGGCGAAUAUUGGUAUUUCCAAGUCUUCACUUGAUGACCAGUAGUCAUUUUCAGAGGGAACACUGUGAUAUCCACUGAUCAAGAGAAGUCCCAAAAACUUCAUCAUGUCAUUCUCAUCAACACAGAAGUCUUUGUUGUUUUUCUCUCGAUGAGCAUACAAAUUUGUUUGUUCUGUUAGGUGACUUAUGAUUUCAUCUGUGAAGAAAAGUUUGAAAAUUUCAAACAUUUCCUUUCCUAAAUGCACAUCAGUAACACUUGGAGGAAUUGAGUGAGGACCAAACGAGACAUUUUCCUUUUUACGCCAUCUUCCUCUUGCCCCGGCUUCUAUGUUGCCGUUGCUUUCUUCUUCAUCCUCAGCGGUAUUGUCAUGGACUUCAAGCUCUCCGCUAACUUCCUCCGGCACAUAAUCCUGAUCAAGUGCGUCAUCUUCAGUCUCUUCAUCACUUUCGAUAGCUUGAUCGCCUGUAGAAGGUGGAAGAAUGACAAUAUCAACAUCCUCAGAAUUUGAUUGAGUUACUGCCUCAGUAGCAUCACGUAAAAAUCGAUAUCUACGUCUUAGGCCACCAGAGCUGAAAAAAAAGAAACAACCUAAUUAUUAUAUAUUCACUUUGCUAAUAUUACCGACCUUCCAUUACGAUGUGCAUCAUUGUUACAGCUAACGUAUUGCAUCUUCAAUUAUAAAAUGAAUGAAUAAAUAAAUGUUUACCUAUUCAAGAAUAUAUGAAAAAAAGCAAGAUGAAACAAACAACCACUCACCCAUAAAAAUGUCCGGUAUCCAUGCGUGAGUGAUCUAUCCGUGAUGCCGUUGUCUUAACAGAACAGUGUCUCAACGCCGACUGCAAGUCUGCGACUAAACAUCACUGUGUUUCAUACAUAGCCUACUUGUUUGAACUUGUUGUGUCAGCCACCGGACAACCCAACAAACCAGACAUGCUCAUUCACGUUGAUGAGUAAAUAAGGGUAGGCAGACUACGGAUGUGUCCAACGUUCCCAUUUUGGGAACAUCAUACAAAAACACUUAUCGCGACAUAAUUAUAAUAUAAAUCAUAUUUAUUGAAAUGUAUAAGAUAAGAAGGAGUACUUAGACAGCACACCAUGUAAAUAUAUAACUCAAGGAAGAAUUUUUUUUAUUGAGAGAAAAUGUUUAUUUCGAGUAGUCAUUUUUACAUCAAAUUCCUUCAGAACAUACCACAAAAAGUAACAUGGGUAUUACAGAGUAUUGGAAUCUUUUUAUGCAGAAUAGUAAUUUAGAUGUAUAACAAUAUAUCUGCUAUGAAAUAAAUUAGAAUAUUAUGUUAAUAAUCACGGGAGAAUAUUUGAAAGUCAUUGUCUCAGUUACCUGUACAGGAAUACAGUACAGGUACAGUAGUACAAUACAUACUGUACUGGCAUGGCCUGUGAAUUUCCCUGACACAGUUAAGAGGCUGUUUAAUUUUGUCUUAAAAUAUUGGAUGGAAAAUUUAUUUAUUUAUUUUGUUUCAUAGUACUGUAUAUUUAAAAAAAAUUGUGGGGGGGUGGGUGGAGGGGUCAUGGUCAAAGGUCAAGGUUACUCUUUUGAUUGAGUGGGUCUACUGUGGGUGUUUAUGAAUUUCUUUUGUCAUUCCUAGAUAAAAUACCAGAGUUUUCUGUAUGACAUGCUGUCAUUCCUAAAUGCAAAUAAUAGCUGAAAGCUAGUAGCAGUGACUUGAUAACAUCUGGCUAUGCCUGCCAGUGAUAAUUUGCAACAAAAUCACAUGCAGUACUGAGUAACUAAAUUAUUUUCAGUGGCUUUAUGUAUUUGUUAACAUUACCAAUUUUUCGUUGAUUAAAUUUCUGUAUAUAUCUGCGUAUAUAAGAACUUACAGCAUACCCAGUUAGAUAAUUAUGAAUUAUGUAGCUUUAGACCACAUAAAGUUUUUAAUGUUUUUCUAGUUCAGUACAGCCAUAUGUUUACUUUUGAGAGUUCAUUUUCCUCAUAGUAAAAUAUUAUAGGAUAUUGUUAAGAACAUUUUAAAUUGGAAUUUAGUUUUUCUUUGUUUCAUUUUUGUUAAGAUAAAUGACAGUUACCAGAUGGUUUGUACCUGCAGUGCACAAGCUGGGUUUUGAGUAGUGCUGUGCAAACAGUGAUAGGGUAUUGGCGAGAUGUGUAUGUGUAGAUCUUAUCUACAUCUCCCACAGGUAGCAUGGGUUGUGGUGCUUAUGCUAUAGAUAUCCUUGUCAUUUCAUUUGUUAAAAGUAAAUUUUAGCUUGUCUGCAUGAAUUGCAAAAGAGCAUAUUCCUUUUACCAGCAUUUUACUCAUAAUAACAUUGUACAGUAGUGUGUCAUUGUCAUUAACAAAUGUAAUUAUAAUUAGUUGUAUUUUCGUGAACCCUUAUCCGAUUAAUUUUAUAGUUAAAAUGUAAGCAGCAGUGUGUUUCAUGUUCACACAACACUUUUGAAUAUUUUAAUAAUUGAGGAAACAUCAAAAUUUGAAAAGCCAAAAUUGAGGAAGGAACAAUGAAAUUAAUUAGGACUAAGUAUACUUUAACAUUAAAAUUUGGAAGCUCUUAAUGAUGAGGGAAUAUGAGAUUGAAUAGGAUGUUACUAAAGUUCUGAUUGGAAAUGUGGCACAGAUAGGUUUUCUGUUUUCAAGACUGUUCUUACUGUAGUGUAGGAUGUCCAGAAUCAAAAGCAAACAUAGGCUCUCCCUUCAUUCAGGAAGUAAGCUCAAUAAAUCCUAAAAAAUCCUGCAUAGGUGAAACUUUCUGAUGAGAUGCCACAAAGACCUGUAAGAAUCUAAAUAUUAACUCACAUAUAAAACUUCAUUCUAAUAGGAGCAAGUGGUUAUAAUCAUUAAAUUAUAUGAAUAAGUAAGUACUGUACAGUAUAGACUGGUAUGGAAAUGCCAAUAAAGAAAUUCAACUAAGUGUGGUUUAGUGUGUGAUGAAAAAUUUGAUUGGGUAAAGAAGAGAAGAUAAUGGAUAUGAUAAGACUUAAAGCAAUAUGGUGUAUGUAGGGUAUAGGAGUAACAUGUUAAAAAACAUUGAUGUUGAAGACAAAUGAAAAUGAUACAUCUAAUAUUUUUGCAGGGGAACAGAAGACCAGAUGGUGGAAAUGUAAACAGUGUGUAAGAGAUAAAUGGAGAACACACUGUAUGAUGCCUUUAAGGACGUGUGGAGAACAUACUUGAUGUUUAAUAUGUGUGUAGUUAACUUAUUGUGUGGAGUGUAAGGAAUGUGUAGAGAACAUAAUGUUUAAUGAACCUGAUGGUUAGUGGGAAAAGGAAUGUGAUUACAUGUUUACAUUACUUUUUUCUCCCACAAAGCAUUUAUGUGCACACAAUCCAAAAGGUAUGUGCACAUUUCGUGUGAAACAAUCUGACAUCACAGACGGUGGAUUUUGCAAAAUGCCAUAUUUUGCUUGUUUUAUCCUUAGUAAGUAUUGUUAUUAUAUGCACAUUCAUAAGAAAAUAGAUUAAUCUAGUGAACAAUAUAUAAUAUGGUUCGUGUUGGUGGUUAUGUUGCGGUACAGGUGUAUUGAUCAUUUAGAAAAACAUCAGACAUAAUGUGCAUAGAUACUUUUUUGAUUAUUUGUACUUAUUAAUAAAUUAUUCGGUGUGGAAAGAACUCUAUGAACACAUCACUAACUACAUAUGCAGCAAGUUAUUCAAAACAUGCAAGAGUUUCAUCGACAUUAUUUAUUCAGUUACUGGAAAUCUUUUUUAUAUCACAUUGUUUUAUUUAGUGCAUUACAUACCAAGUCAUUGUACAGUAUUAAGUAGGGCUUCAAUAUGGAUUGAUGCCAAGCACUUUUAAAUUUGUCACAGUCAACAGGUGAAAUGUUAGAUAUUAGCCCCUAAACAGAGCCAUUGUAGAGAAUUACCUCUUGAUUACUUCAAAGUAUCUCCUGAGAUAAAGAUGUUGAAAGCCGUGAA